AUGUCCAUCCGUAAAUCUCCUCCGCCUACGACUCAGCCAGGUCCAGGCUCAAGCGUGGCGUUGGCCAAACGAGCUCGAGUCGAAGAUGAAGAGGAUGAGCACGAUCCAACACGAAUGACAUUGACGGUCGCGUCUUCUGGAGAAGGACAACGAAAGAACGCUCUGGUCCGUACUAUCAAAAGGACAAGUGGGCUCGAAGCGCCAAUCGUAGCUUUAUCAGGAUCUCACGGUGGCGAAAUCACAGCUUGUAAAUUUGAUCCGUCAGGUCGUACAUUGGCAGCGUGUUCAGUCGAUAGGAGUAUAUCCUUGUGGAACACGUUCCCACCACAUGACAACUUUGGACUCCUGCCGAAUGUUCAUAAACAAGCAGUGUUGGAUAUCGGAUUCUCUCUGGAUUCGGAGGUCAUCUAUUCUGGCGGUGCCGAUGGAAUGCUCGUGGCUACUUCUUUACGCUCAGGAGAACGUUUAGCCAGAUACUCUGCCCAUUUUGGGCCGUUGAAUUCUCUGGCAGUGACUAUAUCAGGUGGACGUGAGCUGGUAUUAACGGGAGGAGAUGAUGGGAUCGCGAGAGUGUGGGAUAUCGGGAUGGAUACAAAGGAACCCGUUGCAGAGUUUGAUGAUGGAAGAGAUUGUCCAGUGACGGCUGUGGAAUGGAGUGCAGAUGGAAAUCAGUGUUUCGUCGGAGGUGUAGAUAACGAAGUCAAGGUGUGGGAUCUACGGACAGUCAAGGUUCUUUACAGUCUACAUGGACACACAGAUACGAUCACAUCCCUCGCUCUCUCUCCUUCGGGACACUACCUCGCGACCUAUUCUCUCGAUAGCGCUCUUAUAAUAUACGAUAUCAGACCCUUCUCUUCCGAUCCUAUGCGCGUCUACCGAUCAUUGACGGGCGCUCCGGCAGGUUUCGAAUCUUGUCUCAUCCGCGUCGCUUGGUCGAAACAUGAUGGUGGUCAGAGAAUAGCCGUGGGAGGAGGGGAUCGAACUGUGACAGUGUGGGAUGUAGAAUCGGGCAAAAUAUUGUACAAGUUGCCGGGGCAUAAAGGGACAGUCACGGGAGUAGACCUGCAUCCAAGAGAACCCAUCAUCCUGACUGGAUCAAAAGACGCCAACAUGCUGCUUGGAGAACUCGACGCGACUGACUACUCAUAG